CAGUCGCACGUGUUUUGUUCGAAGCACUGGCGUUAAUUUGAUUAAUUUUUGUGCUAUUUGAAAAUAAAUUUGCCGAAAAUGACUGAUUUCGAUACGCGUGCUGAUGACUCUGAUUCCAGUUAUGUGUCCUACGACGAGGAUGAUGAGCUUCGUGAAGCACUCGCCAAAGGUCUCCUAAAGCCGGGAUUGAAUGUCCUAGCCAAGGACACACACCAACCCGUAAACAAUCCGAUCAAAUUGAGAUCGGCCUUGGAAUCUAUCAUUCUCAAAGCUCCGUGGAUUGAACGAAUGGAUUUGGUUAACGAUUUGGCCCCCCUUACGCCGGAGCUUGCCAUACAGAUAGAAAAACAUGAACAGAAACGGGAAAAUCAAUUCAAAGGAAAUAAAAAGAUUCCCUACGUAGCACCUGAAGUAGACCCGGUGCUGAAUGAUUUCAAGCGAGAAAUUUUAUUCCAUCGGCAAGCUCAAGCGGCGGUUGUGGAAGGUAUCAAACGACUGCACGACUUGGGUGUAGCCACCAAACGUCCCGAUGACUACUUCGCCGAAAUGGCCAAAACAGAUGAGCACAUGCAACGGGUCCGGAAGGUUUUGCUCGACAAGCAGGAGGGUAUUGCCAAAUCCGAACGAACCAGACAACUUCGUGAGCAACGUCGAAUCGGAAAGCUAAUCCAACGACAAGCGACCGAAAAGCGCGACGAACAGCGCCGUAAAACGCUUAAUGACAUUAAAAAAUUCCGCAAAGGUAAACUGUCUAAUUUGGAUUUCUUGGACGAUGACGAGGAAGCACCCGCGGGUGGAAAGAAGAAAAAAGGUUCAGGCCGAGGAGCACCCUCCAAGCGUCAAGUGAAUCCUAAGCGACAAGCUAAGAAUGCUAAGUUUGGCUUCGGCGGCAGGAAGAAAGGUUCGAAGAGGAAUACUAAAGAAUCGUUCCUUGCUGAUGGGCGCAAGAAGAAAGCUGGUCCCGGCGGUGGCGGUGGAAAGCAGCAGCGGCUCGGUAAAAGCAGACGAGCUCAGGCUAAAGGUAAGAGGAAAUGAUAAUCCGUUGGCGGCGUACUCUAUUCCUGUUAAUCUAAUAAAGGC